AACGUGAAGGUUUGGAGCACAAUGCUGAACAAACACUUUCAGCGUCAGGUCAACUCACUCUGUGUACUCUGCCGACAUGAGGAGAGAGGGUGCACGUGGCAAGGAGAUGUGUCUACCUUUGACUCACACGUCCAGUUUUGUGCAAUGAAGUAUGCUCCACUGAUGAAAACCAAACUAAAUUCCCUUGUGUGUGGUAAAGAUGUU